AUGGCAGAAGAAGGGAAGCCCGACGAUCAGCUCUUUCAGCUCCUCUCCAAUCUCCUCCUUGAGGUAGAAUCAUUAACAAAUCAAGAAGAAGUUGAACUGCGUUCUAAAAUUGAAACUCUUGGAUUAGAGGUCAUAAAAGUUCCUUCAAAGUCGACGAAACAGCUUGAUGAGUUGGAAAUAGCUAAGGAGCUGGAUAGAUUAUCAGCAAAAUUGGACGAUGUUGAUGAGAUGAUAUCAUCCACCAUGGCCUCCGAUCCUCAGGUGCGGUCUCUCUUAAGUUGUACAGCUGAUGUGUGGAUGCCAGUCAUCACUGCAACCAGUGAGGAAAGACGUGGUUUUACAGCAUCUCCCGGAGACAACAACACCCAAACAGAUGCAGAAAACUCUAAAUAA